AUGGCCCAUUACGACACCAACGGCCCGAAGAAUGGGGUCAAAUCUGUCGAGGGCCCUGGAGAACAGAACGGCGUAUCGCGACCGUUCACGCUGCAGGAGUCGUUGCCUUAUUCUCCGCAGACAUCCACAGUACCUUUUCUACCUGAUAUCAUCCCGGACCCAAGCGUCGGAUCUGGAUCACCAUCGCUUCGAAUCUCGGAUUUGUUCUCAACGCAAGAUUAUGAUAGAGUAAACCAGGAAGCUACGAGCCAGCCACACGGUGCAAAGAACCUGAAGCAGACAGUCGAUCAUGUUUUGCAUGAUCUGAAACCUUCAAAGAGAACCCAGUAUAAAUUUCCCACUGUGCCCAACGGAGCGCCGUCAAGUUCGGCGGCAUCGACUCACAAUAGAAGCAUUUCUCAAGGUCUGUCACCGAUAGCCAAGGCCGUAUACGAACGAGUGGGCAGCUUCUUCAAGGCCACGAAGCCAAAUAUCAGCAGCCCUAAGCUGGUGAACGGAGAAGCAGAACAGCCUUUGAAAUUGGCUGCCGACUCAGUAUCUCAAAGUCCAACUAUUCAUGUGCAACCGCAAAGCACGGCGAAGAAUAACGCAGGCAGUGGUAAAACUAAGAUAGAGAUUGCGAUUUCCACGAAACAGUCAUUCGAUCGCUCGCAAUAUGCUGAAAUUUCAUAUGAUCAUUCCGAUCAGAAUAUAAUCACCCCGCAUGAUCAGUUAAUUGUGGAAGCGCAGCAAUACAGCCAGUCAAAUCCAUUAACCGCAAAGGCUUCUAUCGUUGUUAAUAACGCCGGUCUUCGCAUUGAAUUACCAACGUCUGGAAUCAAGAGAGAGGAUUAUCAAGAGUUCAAGGUUGCUCCAGAUGCACCCGAGAAUCUCUCGUUUAGGCGAAAAGAGAGGCAGCAAUUUGAGGACGGUCAGGACAUUAUUGGGGCUAGUCUCGAUCAACGACAGCGAGGGGAGGCUGCACUUGACUCCCUUGACGCCCUCAUGCGUCAGGUUUUCUCAGCAGUUGGCGGCGCCUUGGUUAUGGAACCGGGGUUGGAACACAUUGUUACGCUGACGGCAGAUCAAGAAGCCUCAAUGACGGCCACAACGCAACAGAAAAUGCACACCGCUAUUCAAAAGGUCAUUGGCUUGAGGAGCUUCAAUGCUGUUCCUCUUGAGAAUCUCCUUAGAGUCAUGAAGCUGAGCGAAGCUAGCUUGAAACAAGCUGAAGGUCUCGACAUCCGUGUUGAUGAAAGCUGGGAUGAAGCGGCUGUUGAAUCAUGGGUUCAGCAACUCGGAGAACUGCAAACGGCUCUUAAAUCCGCACGAACUUGCCUCCGAAUAAUGUCUGGAUGCAGAGAAGACAAGCAGCUAUACUCAGAAGCGGUUAUUACCAAAUGCGUCAACAUAUACAAGGCUGUAACCGAGGAUAUUGUUAUGCCUCUUGUCGAACUUCGCAAUUCUGGCAGUUCGGGUGGCUUGUUCAAGCUUAUCCAAAAGCACAAGAAGACAAUUGCCUCCGUCUUUGUCUGCUGUCAGAAACUAUCGGCUCUUCUUGCAGAGCUAAUCACCAAGAUUGAAUUGUCAGAGACAGUCAUUAACACACUCGAAUUCACUUCAUCCAAGCUGAUUUUCGUGGAGAACGCCUACUUGGAGAAAGAUUCCGCCAUUGGCCUGCAGAAAUUUGAUGGAAUUCGCUCAGUUGCUAUGGAUAUGCUCUGCCAAAUCUUUUUGAUUAAACCGGAACAGAGACAAGGCAUCAUUGAUGACAUACUGACUUCGUUGGAGAAGCUUCCUGUGGGCAAACUGAGUUCCAGACAGUUCAAGCUAGCCGAUGGCGGCAGUAUCCAGCCUGUUUCGGCCCUUAUCAUGCGCCUCGUUCAAGCCAGCUCUGGUCGAGUUGGAGGUGGCAAUGGUGCUGGACAAGGCUCAAACAUCCGAGCCAUGGAUAUAGAUGGACUGGGAGAGGAUGACGAGGACGAUAGACCGUUGAAGCGGAACCAAGCUACUGCCACCAUCCUGAACGAGGAACAAGGCGCUCAACAACCUGCAGUGGCAAUACAAGAAUUAGAAGGCGUUGCCGCCCCAUUGAUUGAUACUGCAGCUCGGAAUGCGUCUUAUGUCAUCAACUUUAUCGUCAAGCGAGCCAUGGGCUCAACCAAAUCUGGAGAUACACCCUAUCGCAACCUCCUCGAUCUUUUCGUUGACGACUUCACGACAUGCCUUGAUUUGCCAGACUGGCCUUCCGCAGAGCUCCUCCUGCGCUUGCUCAUGGUUAUGAUGGUGCAGCUGUUCGAGGCACCUAAAACAGCAGCGCCAGCCAAAAAUAUGGCUUUGGAGCUGCUAGGAACCAUGAGUGCUGCCAUAUCGCGCCUCCGGUCCCAUGUGAAGAAGUCUGCAGGCGCAUUUAUAAGCAGUGAUGCUGGCGAAUACUCACAGUACCUAUCUGAUCUGGCGACUCACUGCCUCGAGCAGAGAUGCCCAAUGGAGAACAUUAUUGCUUGGGCCGGACCGUAUCGAGGGGUUCUCGAGUAUCUGCAAGAAAGAAGCUCCGAGGAUCCCCACCUGUCCAGCGCAGUGUCUUUUCUUAUAUCUGACUGGGCGACUAGAGUCCAUACCACAUACGACAACAUACAAGACAAUGACUCGGAAGGCGAUAAGGAGCUGGGCCGAUCGGCGUUUCGGUUGCGAAUGAUGAUAGAAAACCGUCAAUGGUUGGCAAGCGAAUACACAUUCAAAGCAGUCACGACUAGCCAAGCGAGAUUUGCAUUUUCGGUCAUUUUGUUGCGAUCACCUUUCUGUGAGUCUUUCGGCAAGAUUCUGAAUAUUCUGUUGGGCUCCAUGGCAAGUGACCAAGCCACAGUCCGCAGCAAGAGCUUGAAGAGCGUCAACCAGGUGCUUGAAACGGAUCCCUCGAUCCUGGAUGGCGACUCGACUGUUAUUCAGCUUAUUCUGGAUUGUGCCAGUGACUCUUCAACUCAAGUCAGAGAUUCGGCUUUGGGAUUAUUGGGUAGCUGCAUUAGCAUGCGUCCAGUCUUAGAAGCGUCGCUUACACCCAAGAUUAUCGAUCGGUUCCAGGAUGCUGGCGUGGGUGUGCGAAAGCGAGCAAUGAAGCUGGCCCGUGAUAUUUACUUGCGGAAUCGGGGCAAAAACCUGCGCAGCGCCAUUGCCAAUGGUCUGCUCCGCCGCAUUCAGGAUCCUGAUGAAGGUGUGCGGGACCUUGCUCGGCAGAUGAUUGAAGAAGUUUGGUUUGCGCCUUUUUAUACCAACGAGAACACUGCAAGCUUCGAAACGUCACUUGCAGAACAUGUGUCACUUGUUAUCCAAACUGUGAAGGGGGGAACUGUCACCGAAAUUCUGGACAAGGUGUUACAGACUAUUCUCAAGCCCGGCAGCAAGUCUCUGGAUGGACCAUUUGGAGUCUGCUCGAGGCUGGUCGGAAUCAUGUUUGGUUUGAUUGACAACCCUGAGUCGGAAGAUCCAACCGUUCCAUCUGGUCGCGACGCUUUGCAAGUACUUACCAUUUUUGCCAAGGCUGACCCAAACCUUUUCAACUUUGAGCAAAUUAAGCUGCUCAAGACGCAACUCGCCAGCUUUACAGGUGCCGAUGAACUAGCUGCCUUUCGAGCGGUCACAGUAAUUUACAAACGAGUGCUACCACAACUACCCAAUGUGCAUACCGAGUUUUUGGCCGACGUACGAUUGCAGCUACUCAAAGGUAUUGGUAAAAUCUCAUCUCGCGGAGCCUUGGACGACCUGAUUGCGUGUGCUCAUACUGUAUGCGAAUUGCUCAAAGACUUUGCACCGUUAGGCAAUCUCGUUGCGUCGAGCUUGGUGGGAAUACAAAAGCUGAGCAAGGUACCGUUAGACGCCAAGCGUCUUAAUCUUGUCGCUGCCUAUUCGAUCAUCGUAGGCAGCGUUGGAAAACAUUGCGAUCUCGACAAGCAAGCUCGCAUCUUUCGAGAGAAGUUCCCUGGCUGGAAAGGGGACUCAGUGCCGAAGCUUAUUGUCGACAUUCUCUCACCAUUCUCAUCGCCUCAACAACCACUCGACGCACGAAAAGCAUCUAUUGAAGCCAUUGGCCUUGUCUGCCAAUCUUGGCCUCGUAAUUAUGAUCUCGUUAAGGUGUACACGGCAUUCCAACAGGUGUUCCAGGAUAAGAUACCUAUUCUUGAGACAAUGAUUCUAAGAUCCUUCAAAGAAUUUCUCGUGACAGAAGAAAGACGAUCGGAAGCAGCUGCUGAAGCUCCGAAGGAGAAGAACAAGGAGCUUACAGUCAUGGGGGGAACCAAUUUUGAUGAUGUUGCCAGUGGGGCUACACAGCGUUUCCUCAAAGAGAUUACUCGGAUUGCCUUGUCAAGCCAAGACGAACAUGCAUUCUUGGCCAUGGAAGUCCUGGGCAGCAUCAAUCGUCAAGGGCUGACUCACCCAAAGGAGACUGGCGUGACUUUGAUCACGUUGGAAACCUCUGCGAAUAGGAAGAUUGCAGAGCUGGCCUAUUUGGAACAUCGAUCCUUGCACGAAAAACAUGAGACUGUCCUAGAGAGAGAGUACGUUAAAGCGGUUCAGUCUGCGUACAAUUAUCAACGAGAUAUUGUAAAGGACUCGCAUGGAGCAACUAUGGAGCCGUUCCAGUCGAAGCUUCAUCUACUCAUGGAAGUUUUGAAAAUCAGCAAGAUGAAAAAUCGCCAACGAUUUUUGGAGAAAUUCGUUGGUCAAGCGGACUUUGAACUUGGGAAGCUGAACGUCAAGGCUGAAAUGCCAUAUCAGGUAGACUUUGCACGUUUUAUUGCCGAAAACCUUGCGUUCUUUGAGUACCACUCGAUUGGAGAACUUCAGACUACGGUCAACAUGAUUGAGAAGAUGGUUGCGAGCACUGGUGCCAGUGUGGCCCAAGCGAUUGAAUCCGAAGUAUUCAAUGUGCGCAUGGAUGUGGAUCAGGAAGAAGAGCAGACAAAAACUCUGUUGGAGGGAGAUGUGCCAGUUGGUGUGCCAGUUGGCGGAACUCAGCCCGAUGUACCGCCUCCCGCCGUCCCGGUGCCAACCCUCUCGGUAGAACCGCAGCGCCUCCGACAACUGACGUCUGGAUCGAUUAUCCUACUCUCCCUCUGGGAGGUACGAACUCACUUACGCAGACUCUUUGGCAUGGGCACGAAUCGACAUGACAACCGUGCGAAGGCUCUAGCAAAGGAUCUGAAUAAAACACCCCUAAAGGUGCAAGGCGUUCACGGCGAACGAGUGUGGGACGAAAUCGUAUCUCACAUGAAUGGGCUUUCCAGCCAGGAGAGCAUGGUACAAAAGUGCAAGGCUUUCGUGGAGUUGAUGAAUGUCGACAAGGAGUUCAAGGUGGCUGAGGAAGAUGACGAGAUGGGUAUGGGCGGCGGGCCAAGCACCCCAAGCGAAGGCGAGGACGAUGAUGACGGAGGUGACAGGGGCCGCAAGAGAAAGGCGGCGGGAACCCCAGGCGGACGUAAGAAGAGAGCUCGUUCGGGGUCGCAGACACGCAAAAGAGGCCGACCGCGCAAGCAAAGCGUGGAACAGAGCGACGACGGAGACUUUGACGGAGACUGGAUCUAG